AUGAAAAGUGGUAAACCAUACGGCUUGCCCUUUGAGGCCUCCAAACGCAACGUUUUUUCAAACAUAGCCAUAAAUUCGGCAUUCGGGCUAGGUAUUUACUUUCUCUACAAGGACUACCGUAAAAAGGACCCAAAAGCGUCAAAAGAGCAGGAAAGCAAGCCUGCACCACAUGAAAUUCAAGACCCCAUCACCCAGACUCCCGUGGGCAUUCAAAGACCGCUGUCACUGCCAAACGCUUCUUACAGAGAGAUAUCGUUUGCCACGGUAGGGUUCGGAUUUAUGAUGCAAUUAGCCAAUAUGGCGCACGUAUCGCUUGGUAGAAACUCAGUACUAUAUAAAAUGGGCGUGGCAUCAGUGAUUCUUUAUCCUCCUGUGUGCUACUAUGUUUAUAGCUCUAGGAAAUGA